GUCCUGCUUGAUACUAUAGGUGACUAUGAAGAAACUAAAGUGAUUUUGUGACUUUGCCUGGAAUUAUGCAGUGUGCUGUCUGAGGUUGUAAAUGACAUAUGGGUACUGUGAGAUGGGGGUUUUCUGAAGUAAGUUUGGUUGAAUGUAACUGUGCAUGUGUUUGUAACCUACUGUUAUUAUUUGUGAUGGUUUUGUGAUUGAAAAACUGCAUAACCACUGUCUAGUUGGGUUUUUAAGAUGUGAUUAUCUGAAGAGUGGUCAUUAAGCCUACCUCCAAAAUUGUACCUCAGUAGCAAUUUAGCAAAUAGAGGUAUGAGUAUUGGAAAGAAAGAGGAUUCUUCCCUUUUCCAAAAGAAAGGCUCAAAAGAGAAGGUUCAUCUCUUGCAAAUCUCAAAGCCAUGCCUCAGGAGGAAUGGCAGCAACUGGAUCCUGCACAGAAGGCCCUCUACAGGGAUGUCAUGUUGGAAAACUACUGCCAUCUCAUCUCUGUUGGGUUUCACAUAACUAAGCCCGAUAUGAUCCGCAAGUUGGAACAAGGAGAAGAACCGUGGACAGCGGAGAGAAUUUUUCCAAGUCAGAGCUACCUUGAAGAAGACGGAAAAGCUGAAGAUGCUUUAGUGAAGUUCAAAGAAUACCAAGACAGGCACUCUCGAUCAGUCAUAUUCAUCAACCACAAAAGAUUAAUUAAGGAAAGAAGUAAUAUUUUUGGGAAAACGUUUCCUGUAGGCAAGAACCGUAUUAUGUCAAAAACAAUACUACGUGAAUAUAAGCCUGAUGGAAAGGUUUUAAAAAAUAUUUCGGAAUUAGUCAGUAGAAAUAUAAGCCCUGUAAGAGAGAAGUUCGCUGAGAGUAAUGGAUGGGAGAAAUCAUUCCUCAAUACUAAAAAUGAGAAAAUUCAUACUACAGUGAAUCUCUGUAAACAAACAGAAAGGAGUCUGAGUGGUAAACAAGAGCUUAUUCAACAUCAGAAGACUCAAACUCCUGAGCAAUCUUUAGAUCAUAAUGAAUGUGAAAAAUCCUUCCUUAUGAAAGGAAUGUUAUUUACACAUACUAGAGCUCACAGAGGAGAAAAACCCUAUGAAUACAAUAAAGAUGGAAUAGCCUUAAUCGAAAAGUCAAAUCUCAGUGCCCAUUCACAAACUCUUAUUGAGAAGAAAACCCAUGGAUACAGCAAAUACGGUAAGUUCCUCUGCAGGAAGUCUAUUUUUAUCAUGCAUCAGAGAUCUCAAACAGAAGAGAAACCCUUUCAGUGUCCUUAUUGUGGAAAUAGCUUUAGAAGGAAGUCAUAUCUCAUUGAACAUCAACGAAUUCACACAGGUGAGAAACCUUAUGUCUGCAAUCAAUGUGGAAAAGCUUUCCGUCAAAAGACAGCCCUCACUCUUCAUGAGAAAACACAUAUAGAGGGGAAGCCCUACAUCUGUAUGGAUUGUGGGAAGUCCUUCCGCCAGAAGGCAACUCUCACUAGACAUCACAAAACACAUACAGGGGAGAAAGCCUAUGAAUGUACUCAGUGUGGAAGUGCUUUUAGAAAGAAGUCAUACCUCAUUGAUCAUCAGAGAACUCACACAGGAGAGAAACCAUAUCAAUGUAAUGAAUGUGGGAAGGCAUUUAUCCAGAAGACAACCCUCACUGUACAUCAGAGAACUCACACAGGAGAGAAACCCUAUAUAUGCAGUGAAUGUGGAAAGUCCUUCUGCCAAAAGACAACCCUCACUCUCCAUCAAAGAAUUCAUACUGGGGAAAAACCCUAUAUUUGUAAUGAAUGUGGGAAGUCCUUCCGCCAGAAGGCAAUCCUCACUGUUCAUCAGAGAAUACAUACAGGAGAGAAAUCCAAUGGAUGUCCUCAGUGUGGGAAAGCCUUUAGUAGGAAAUCAAACCUCAUUCGCCACCAGAAGACUCACACAGGAGAGAAACCAUAUGAAUGUAAAGAAUGUGGGAAGUUCUUCAGUUGUAAGUCAAACCUCAUUGUACAUCAAAAAACUCACAAGGUAGAAACCAUGGGAAUUCAGUAAGGGAUAUGACUUUUUUGGUAAAAACUUUUGAAGUCCUAGUAAACACUGUACAUGAUGUAGCUUGCAAAUAUAAUAUUCAACAGUUUAAGGUACUAUUCCACAAAUUUACCUACUGUUUGUGAACCUAUAUAACACACAAAGAAUGACUAGACAAAUGACAGUAGUCAUUGAAAAUACAACCCUAAAUUUUUUAUUAUUCAUUCAGCGGGCAUAAACUUCCUCUGUCAAGUUUCUACAAACAUUUAAAAUCGCUUGUUUUCAAUUUCAUUACAUACCUUGUUGUGACCCAGUAAUAAGCAACUGACCAACUAGCAGUGGUCCAUGGACCACACUGUGAGCAGAAGUGUUUUUAAAAGAAAGGAAGUAUGAAUGUUCAUAAGAGUGGUUUAAAAGAAAGGAAGUAUGUAUUUCUCAUUGCAAAUAUGAAAUAAAAAUUAGCUGUUACCUCCUCAAAAUUGACCACAGUUGACUUCUAACAGAAAUUAGGUUUUGCAUAUUAUGAACCUUUAUAUAAAUUGGAUUAUACAUCAUGUAUUCUUUUAUAUAUGGCUUGUUUCAUUCAUCAUUAUGUUUGUAAAACCCAUCCUUAGUGCAUGCAGCAGAAGUUCAUUUAUUUCUAUUCUAUAUUGAAUUCCAUCAUAUGAUUAAAUUACAGUUUAUCCAA